CCUGCCGGGCCCGCGCCGCCCCGCCCCUGCUGGCCCCUCCCCUGCCCUCCCCGCCCCCAGUGGGGCCGGCCCGGGCGGCGACCAGAGGGGCGACGUGAAAGGCGAGCGAGGCGGCUGCCUGGCCGGCUGUCGGCGCGCACCCGCUCCCGGCCCAGUCCAGCCCCGCGCCGAGGCCGCUGCCUGCCCCGCGGGGCCCGACGCCAGCCUCCGGGCAGCGGCUUCAGGGCCGGCCCGCGCGUGCGCCGGGGAGUCGCGCGCCACUGUGCCCAGCGGGGACCGAGAUCGGCCGCGCCCUAGGCGCCUGGAACCCCGAGGCGCCCGGCAGAGUCCGACGGACCCACGGCCGCGAUGCCAGACGAGCUGACGGAGCCGGGGCGCGCCACGCCGGCCCGCGCCUCCUCCUUCCUCAUCGAGAACCUGCUGGCGGCCGAGGCCAAGGGCGGCGGGCGCACAGCCCAGGGCAGCAGCGGCCGCGAGGACGAGGAGGAGGACGACGACGACCCGGAGGACGAGGACGCCGAGCAGGCGCGGCGGCGGCGGCUGCAGCGGCGGAGACAGCUGCGCGCCGGCGCAGGGCCGGGCGGGGAGGCGCGGGCCCGGGCGCUGCUGGGCCCCGGCGCGCUGGGCCUCGGCCCCCGGCCGCCCCCCGGUCCCGGGCCGCCCUACGCUCUGGGCUGCAGCGGCGCGACGCGCUGGUACUCGCGGUCACACGGAGGCUACGGAGGCGGCUUCAGUCCUGACACCAGCGACCGGGACUCACCGGAGACGGGCGAGGAGCUGGGCCGUGCCGAGGGCGCCUGGCCCCGGGGCUCCGGGCCGGGAGCGGUGCAGCGGGAGGCGGCGGAGCUGGCGGCGCGGGGCCCGGCGGCCGGCGCGGAGGAGGCGGCGGAGCUGGCCGAGGCCCCGGCGGCGGCGGCGGCGGCCGGGGAGGCGCGCGGCGGCGGCGGCGGCCGCAAGAAGAAGACGCGCACGGUUUUCUCGCGCAGCCAGGUCUUCCAGCUCGAGUCCACCUUCGACCUGAAGCGCUACCUGAGCAGCGCCGAGCGCGCCGGCCUGGCCGCCUCCCUGCAGCUCACCGAGACGCAGGUCAAGAUCUGGUUCCAGAACCGCCGCAACAAGUGGAAGCGGCAGCUGGCGGCCGAGCUGGAGGCGGCCAGCCUGUCCCCGCCGGGCGCGCAGCGCCUGGUCCGCGUGCCGGUGCUCUACCACGAAAGCCCCCCGGCCGCCGCCGCCGCCGCCGCCGGGGCCCCCGCCGCGCUGCCCUUCCCGCUGGCGCCCGCCGCGCCCGCGCCGCCCCCGCCGCUGCUCGGCUUCUCCGGGGCCCUCGCCUACCCGCUGGCCGCCUUCCCGGCCGCCGCCUCCGUGCCCUUCCUGCGGGCGCAGAUGCCUGGCCUGGUGUGAGCCCUCGGCCCGCCGGGCCCACUCCCCGUGGCCGCUGGGGACGUCUGCGGACGCGCCGACGGGCCGUGGCAGCGGCAGCGGCGGCGCAAGGGGGCCGUCGGAAAUGCUGCGAGGCCCCGGGGGCGCCCCGCUGCGCCCCGGGAGCGCCGGGCGGGCCGGAGCCCUGGCCGAAGAUCGUCCAGAAUGUAACAGAGACGCAGGGGACCGUGGCUCCCGGGACAGGCGCAGGGCUGGAUCCCCGCCGGGCAGAGACUGUCCCCGAGACGGUGGGCUGUGCAGCCCGGAGCCCCGGGGGACGGGCCUCAACCUGGGUGCGAAUCCAGCCCGGCUCGGGAGCCGCCGGCGGGCCCGGUCCACGCUCACGCAGGCUGCCCCUGUCCUAGCGGCUUCACCGAGGUGACCACUCUCCUACCGGAACGACCCCGCUGGGGACUGUGCGUGGGCAGGACGGCUGGCCUCCGGAGCAAGCGCUGGGGUCGGUCGGAGGGCCUUGACUUUGGGCGGCGGAGAGAGAGCCCGAGGGAGCGCCCCUGAGUGGGGGAAGGGGCGAAGAUUCUGCCGCUGGCGCCUCUGUCAGACUGUCCCUCCGGAGACGGGCCAGACCGGGCUUUGCUCCUGGGCCGCAGCCUCUGGUUCCCCGCGAAGACUUUUUUUUUUUUUUUUAAACGAAUCAACUUAUUUGCGUAUGGAAUAAAAAGGGACG